CUGGUCGCCUCAGUCUGCUUUACAACGUCACAAUGAGCGGAUCUGCGGCCGUUGUCAAUUUGAAGACAUUCAAGGAGCUCUUAAUUACGCGCCGUGGCGCUCUCUUAAUUAUCCAAUUCAAUCGCCCUCAGCUGCAGAAUGCACUGCGUCGUCGCACCAUCUACGAACUGUUGCGUGCCCUGGACUUGGCCAAUACCGAUUCGCAGAUCAGUGUCGUUGUGCUCACAGGCGAUGAUGUCGCCUUCACAGCGGGCAAUGACUUGAGCGAUCUCUUAGCGAUGCAGCGCAAGAGCGGCGACGAAGCGUUGGAUGUGCAUUUCAAAGCGAGCAACUUUGUGAUGACCUCGCUGGUGAAGAAGAUGCUGCUCAACCGCAAGGUGCUCAUCUCUCUCGUCCGGGGCAAUUGCAUUGGCCUCGGCGUCAUCAUUGCAAUGCUCUGCGAUAUCGUCUAUGCCACGGAUUCGGCUCGCUUCUGGACACCAUUCUCGCAGCUGGGUCUGUGUGCGGAGGGCGGUGCCAGCUGGAUGUUGCCACAAAUUUUGGGACGCAGCAAAGCCUCUGAAAUGCUGCUCUUUGGCGAGCACCUCGACGCGCAGGCUGCACUACAGCAUGGCAUGAUUGCCGGCCUGGUGUCGAAUGUUGAAGAGUUCUGGCAGCGUAUGGAACAACAUGCCAAGCUGCCGUCCGUCUCGUUGAUGGCCACGAAGCGGCUGCUUUUGCAGCCCUGGCGACAGCAGCUGCUGGAUACUCUGAACGUGGAGGGCGCCGAGCUAGAGAAGCUGCGAGCUGGGCCCACUUAUCGCUCACAGAUCUUGGCCUUUGCCAGGCGCAAGAAGAUAAGCAGCAAACUGUAAGAUGUCAUUAGGUUCUAAGCUUAACCAUCUGUUGAUUCUUUGAUUUUAUGUUUACUAUGGUUAUAAAGCAAAUACUUUACUUAAACCCAAAUUAUGUUGUUUUGAACUGGAUUUGAGCUUCACAAACAUUUCUUUUUGUGAUAAGACUUGACUUCAGGGGGUCGUGUUAUCUCUUAAUCUCAAGUAGUUUAUUAUUAUGACAAUGAUCCAAUCUUGUGCAAAAACUGAUAAAUUUGCAAAUAACAAAGAAAUAAAAUUUAAAUUACAACUUACGUU